UCAGCAGUUAAUGCCAAGUGUAGAAUCAGGAGAUUCAGAAGUGUUACAGCAAUGGCUAGAAUGGGGAGCAAGUCCAGAUACCAAAGGCAACCUCCACUGGUCCAUCCUUCAUCAUGCUUGUGCUAGGGGUCAGCUGAACAUUGCAUCCCUUCUCAUAGAAAGGGGCGCAGAUGUCAACAUUGAAGAUAGCAAUAAGACAACGCCUUUACAUUCUGCUUGCUUCCAUGGUCAUUCCCGCAUUGCCAGUCUCCUCAUUGACAGCAACGCGAAUGUAAAUGCUCAGGAUCAACGGGGGAAUACACCGUUGCACUCUGCAGUAUUGGGAGGUCAUGCUGAACUUGUUAACCUUUUGCUGGAGAGAAAUUGUGAUACCACCAUUGCCAACAAAGAGGGCCAGUAUUUCACACAUCUGGUGAACGAAUUUUUGGUGACAGCAGUCGAUAGUUCAAAGGUUGCUCAAGUUGUCAGUCUGCUCAAAGGACGUGCAGCACCAAACACACGAGAUCCUUAUGGGUAUACUGUCCUAUGUCAAGCUGCCUUUAAGGGAGACAUGUUGGUAGCAGAAGCCCUUUUGGAUGCAGGUGCAGACCCAAACUUAGUAGAUGAAGCUCAUGGGAAGACACCUCUACAUUAUGCAUCUGCAUGGGGUCACCUCUUCAUUGUCAAGGCUCUGCUUGAUAAGGGUGCUUCUGUUAAUAUAAAGGUAAGCAGUAACUUUAAGUUAGUGAAACUAAGAGUAUUAAAUAUGAAUGUAGAAACUGGAAUCUGAUUGGUUUUUAUGCCA